UGUCAAGUCAAAAGUCAUUUUCAAAUAUAUUUCAUUUCGUCUACAUAAUUUCGUCAGAUAAGCUCGUGAAAAAAUUCCCAAAUCACAAAAAAAACCACAAAAUAAUGGAUUUCGGAGAUAGAAUCUCACAGGAGGAUCAUAUGCCAUUUAUUGACCGUUUGGAUGAGUGGGCCAGGACCGGUGAAACUAAGGCUGGCGAAAUGGGCCGCAUUUUGGCCAUUCUUCUGACCAUGGUUAUAAUCUGCUAUGCCAUUGUCGUCGUGUCUCGUGUUGUCGUGACCCUGACGUUGCCAAUAUUGGUUAUAGUGAUCCUUCUGCUGGCCUACCGCUUUGUCAGUCUUACGGAAAUGGAAGAUGGUUUCAAAGAGGUGCCCGAUAUGCUUACAUCGCUAACGAACUUUAUGUGUGGGAUUUUUCGUAAGGCGUAUGCAUAGUAGCAUGCCAUGAAGUAUUCGUAAAUAUAUGGGAGAAUAUUAGGAAGUUUUAUAAGACGUGGACUUAAGAAAAAAAAAGGUGCGAUAAGAUUUGUUUAAAGAAAAAGUGAAUAAAAUUCUUGUACAGUU